AUGCCUAGCCGCAUAUGGCUGCACGUUUUCGACAAAAACCGUUGUGCCUGCGGCGUAAACACCGCAGGGCCCGUUCCGAACUGGGAAUUGGCCGAGUCAGGGCACUCGCCCGUGAACCCCUCCUUCUUUGAAUCCCUCCUGUCUGUCUCGGCUUCCCAUUUCCGCAACUUCCCUGCGCAGUGCCUUGUGAGGGUGCCCUGCCAAGUGGAAAUUGUCGGCCCCAAACUUCUUUUCCAGGUUCUUCCACAACACCUGAAGAUUUCUUCCACACAACGCCUGCUGCGGGUCGGCAAUGCGCGUCCGGGGUGCAACCAUCCGAACCUGGAAAAUAAUCGCACCGAAAUCUCAACAAAGCGAGCCAAUUUCGGUGCAAGGAGCCGAGCACUCGGCAGGGCUGGAAUGCGCUCUGACAUCAGACGCAGGAAAACCCCCCGCUUCUGUGCUGUGAUGCACCAGAGGAGACGCAUGCACGUAUCACCCGCCGCCUGUAGCCAGCCCGAUGCGAAGACUGUCGGUCGUGCAUCAGCAACCCACAUGCGUCCUGCAGCCCCCGUGAUCUUCAAGUCAAGCUCAGAGCGAGCUGAAGGGCACAAUGCUAGGCCAAAUCCGGCCCCUGCAACCCAGGGACCGUUCCUGCGCGGACCCCAGUGUCACUCACACCCCGCCGCCCCUCAUGGAACUUCGCAAGUCAAUUCGCGUCGCCAUGCUCUCACAGGGCUGCAGAUCCACCCACCUUCCCUGGCAAGCCUGGCUGCUGCCGCAACCUCAGAGCCGCGGCCCUCACCGUCGCCAAAGUUCAGCUCUCAUCCAUCCCACAGGCUGGUACCACUGAGAGGAGACAUUCCCCAGCUACGAAAAUAUCUGUUUAAACCAUUCGCACUCGACAUCCACCACGAUUGGCCAUCAAUGCUGGCGAGUAUGGACCAAGUGACCGGAGGGCCACAAGCCGGUAGCGGGGGUUCGCUUGCUUUUCCAUCACCGGCGCCAAGCACAACAAGGCCGCGAAGGGGUGCGAGGGUUCCACCACUGUGGCAUGCAAGGCUCACAGGGCAGGAACAAGCUUAA